AACGCAUCCCUACGCACGCAACGUGCCCCUGCUCUGUUGACUGGGAAGCCCCGUAGCGCGGAGCUGCCAACGCCCGGCGAACAGACACAAACAGAGCAGACGAUCUUGAAUGAGUAGCAAAGACUGUAAAACGCAGCUAUGCAGACCAUCAAGUGUGUUGUAGUUGGGGACGGUGCUGUGGGUAAAACCUGCCUGCUCAUCUCUUACACUACAAAUAAGUUUCCUUCUGAAUAUGUACCUACAGUGUUUGAUAAUUAUGCUGUAACUGUAAUGAUCGGAGGCGAGCCCUACACUCUGGGCUUGUUUGAUACAGCAGGUCAGGAAGACUACGACAGGUUACGACCUCUGAGUUAUCCCCAGACAGAUGUCUUCCUCGUCUGUUUCUCCGUCGUGUCCCCCUCCUCCUUUGAAAACGUCAAAGAAAAGUGGGUUCCAGAGAUUACCCACCACUGUCCAAAGACCCCCUUCCUGCUAGUUGGGACUCAGAUUGACUUGCGGGAUGACCCGUCUACUAUAGAGAAGCUGGCCAAGAACAAGCAGAAGCCCAUCACUCCGGAGACAGCCGAGAAGCUGGCGAGAGACCUCAAGGCUGUGAAAUACGUGGAGUGCUCAGCCCUCACGCAGAAAGGCCUAAAGAAUGUGUUUGAUGAGGCGAUAUUGGCUGCAUUGGAGCCCCCAGAGCCCAAGAAGAAACGCAAAUGUGUGCUGCUAUGAGAGGCUCCCCUACCUUUUCAAAGCACACACACAUAUACAUACAUCUUAAAUACAUACACACACACACACACACACACACGCAUACAUACACACCCUCCCCCUGCCGCCACACCCCUCUCCCUCGCUCUGCUAAGGUUGGUUGACAGCGUUGCCCUCCACAGAGAAGACUAGAAAGAAAACAGCCUACAAAGUUUCACAUUAAUUCUCUGCAAUAAUAAGGAGCUUCAGCCCGGAGAGUUUGGGACAGAAGAUCGACCCGACCCGGCCGACAGGCUGCUGAGGGGGUUCAUGGUGGCGCCGCCUCGGACGGGGGGGAGGGGGUCCAGAUACCAAGCUUAUAACAAGUAGGAUUCAUUCUGUCGAGCUUCUGAUAGAUUGAUUUUCAGUCAGUGUUGUGGCCUAAUCAACUUAGCCAUUUAGAUGUCCUCAGCCAAUGUAAAGGUUUCAUGGAUAUAAGCCCCGCCCCCGGCCCCUGAUUGGCAGCUGCUCAUGCUGCCAACCCACCAUCCCCCAUCCCCCCUUCUGUUGACGAGCACACUCAUUGGCCGAUCCCCUACGUUCUUUCAGAAGAAAUGCUAACAAAGUAGUGUUUUGUUUCUGUUUGCCAACCCCUCCCCCCCCCCGCCCCUUUCUUUCCUCAAACACAUGACAAGUCUGAGAUAUUUAUUCCAGAUAGAUGCGCUCCUAACCACUACGGAAACUGUGUUGGUCAGACAGCAGUAUUGCUAACGCCUAGUUCACACUACACGACCUUAGCCCUGAUUUUACAUUCCCCAACGUUUUUUGGAGUUCCCCGACAGAAGCCCCAGAUCAGAGGCAGAUCGGCGUUGGCUCGCCGCUCGCACAUCGUCAUGUAUGAGCUGCUCAAAGACGCGAGCUGAGAGGCUCGCCGAUGCCUCAUAGAUUAAGCUUGUCUCGGUAGUCAGUGUUACAUGGUGUUCGCGCAUACACCGAUUACAUUACUUGCCUACCGCCCCCACCGUCUUUUUUCUUUUUUUAAUAGAAAUACAACCCCACAUAGUCGGAUGAUGGACGCUACAAACUGAAAGUGAAAAUAUCUGCUCCGUACGGAGUCUCAGCCCUCACAGAGAAAGCUCUAACGGAGAGGCCAGACACAUUGCCACCCGACGUUAAAGAUCAAAGUAAGCGCUCUACACAUACUGACCGUCAUCUUUUCUUGUAAAAUGUAACGGCGUAAUUGGUAACGCCGCUGUUGUCAGGAGUUUAUUAAUCCCUAACUCCUGAUUACAAGACAGCAAGUUGUGUAGCGUGAACAGUACAGCGAUCUGUCGAAAAGUCGUGUAGUGUGAACUCAGCUUGGAACUCCACACAGCUCUCAUCGAGCAAAUUUAAUUAUCGCCGUCUAGUAUCCGGUCUUGAAGAGCUAAAGGCAUCCAGUAGUAACGGGUCAGCUAGUCGACCGCAAGGAAUUGGCCUUUUUUAGAUGCAGGGAACUUAAACAGUGUUAGCCGAACAAGCGGUGUGUUCUUUGUGCGUUGCCGGGGGACCAAGGAGGGUAAGGAGCAGGUUUUAACGUUGUCAUCGCCUCACACUUAGAACGGGUACAAGCAGAGACAUCCGAAACAAACGCUCCUCGGCGCCAAACUGGAGAUCCGUAAGAUCGAUUUCCACCAGAAUUCUGUGCCAGGUCAGAAUCUGGUGCCUUCCUGUUUGUGUCUGAGGUGUGAAGGGACGUCCGGUCCGUUGUACCCGUUCAAACUGUCGGGCGCUGCGUGUAGCUGAGCCUUGGUCUCUGUUCUAAAUGAUAGGUUUAACAGAUGUAAUUAUAAUGUAAGCUGGCACACAAUGUUGAUGUAGGCUCCAGGUGUUUUUACCAAAAUAUUUUUUUUUUCUUCAUUAUUUCUGUUUGUGCAGUUUUAUUUUUUAUUUUAUAUAUAUAUAAAUAUAUAAAAAAAAAAGGUUACUUUCACUCCUUUUACAUUUAGGGGUGGGAACUCAUCUGAACUCUUACCUGCCAGUUUAUACCAAGAAAAGCUCUGAUUGGUUCAGUUGAAUUAAAAACCUCCAAUGGCAGAGAGACUGUUUGGUAAAGAUUAUUUGUGAUUGGUUGUUUUUCUUUACUGGUCGGCUUUGAGUUGGGUUGAUUUCCAGCCCAAGUCAGUAUAAUUAUUAUUAUUAUUAUUAUUAUUAUUAUUAUUAUUAUUAUAACCUGUUGUUGUUUUGGUGCAAAACCAAAUGCUUUGUCUAAAGUCUUUGUUCUUUGUAUAUGCAUUCUUUUAAAAAAUAUUAAACUUAUACCUUAAUUGCCUUUA